AUGUUUCUGGGUGGCAUAGACCUGAGCAUGGAAGAUUAUGACGGUCGUACACCACUGCAUCUUGCCGCAUCCGAGGGACAUUCCGAUCUGGUCGAUUUCUUCCUUGGUAUGGCACAUGUCAAUCCAUUAGUUAAGGACAGAUGGAAUAGGACAGCUUAUGACGAAGCGGUAACGUUCGGCUUCACCCAUAUUGCCGAGAAAAUCAAAGUUGCAAUGGAUCGUGUUGAAAAUGGAUUUGUGCCAAUAAGCAUUUCACCGGAAGCAGCACGGAAUUUGCUGCAAGAAAAAGAAGACAUGCCGAAUAAUCAUCCAGAAGAAUCAGAUGACUGGGAAAAAGGUUUGUUUUUUUUUGUUCCAGAUUUUCUUACCCAGCGUGUCACUUCGUCAAGUUGA